UAAACCGAGUAAAAUGAUUGAGUAGCCGUUUGAAAAUAAUUUCAGUUUAAAUUCUGCAACGAUUUAAUCUGCGGACCGGUUAUUGUAAACGCUCGCAUCGAAGUUGACAGUUCCCUUCCAGUUGAAGUCGGUUGACGGAUUCUGUUCAAAAAAGGCGCAUUCAACCGCCAAACAACGCUACAGGAUAAUUCCCGAAACAUUCCAUCAAAGAGUCCUCGAACAAACAAAGAAGCCUACAACGCUACGUGGUGUAUUAUUCGUGUUUUUUACGAUUACCUUCAAGCUGAAGCGGCUGCUAGUGGCAAAAGCGUAUCUACCAAAUAGAAGCCAAAAAUGAGUGUGAAAGAUAUUUACUAUUCGGAUAAAUAUUACGACGACGAGUACGAGUACAGACACGUAGUGCUACCUAAGGACAUAGCGAAAUUAGUUCCAAAAACACACCUCAUGACAGAGAACGAAUGGCGAGCAAUCGGUGUUCAGCAAUCCCGCGGCUGGGUACACUAUAUGAUCCACCAGCCCGAACCUCACAUUCUACUGUUUCGAAGGCCCAUCACAAAAGCAUAAACCGUUGCUCAGCGAUCGAUCUUCAGGACGAUAUGUGUCGGUACGUGCAGUGCGUGUGAGUGUUGGUGUAUGCGUAUCCUUCUAACAGGCCCGGAAGCACCCCUACGCGUCGUGAAGAUUCUGGAAAUGUUCUACGUAGCGUCGUCUUCCCGGAUGUAAAAUAAGCUCGUCGCGUACGUACACCUCCCAAGCGUCAUUGUUGUGUUUUGUUGUGGUUCGCCCGUUCUGCUAUUGCGGUCUAAAAUCGCUAAGCAUUUCGUUUCCCUCUCCGUCAUCAACUUGCUAAUGGUGAUUUUUAAUCCGUUUGUCGUUAUUUGUCAUUUAAGAAAUUGUACCGGCCUUACCGGUUUGUUUGUGUGCACUGUACAUCUCACCGGCUGGUGCACAAUUAAUCGUGUUGUAUCACCAAGCGAAUAAAUCAUCCUUACUGAUUCCACUCAGCAUGAUGGAAAAGAAGUCUGUAAAUUCACCAAGAGCAGCAAACAGUAGCAAACGUUCAUAUGCGUUAGGAGAAUCUUAAAUGAAAGUUAGAUAUACUUCACGCAGACAGGAAAUCGCGAUCUAAGAAAAAGGCGUACCAUUCUCGCUACCUGGAUAUAAUACCUCCCCAAUGUAUUCUCUUUCUUUUUUUUUUUGUUCUUUGAUGUACAGAUUUCCCUAACGAAUGUAUUUUGUUUUGUCUACAAAAAAAAGCGAAAUGUGUGCCUUUUUCUAUAAAACCACGAAAUUACAUUUAAGGUAAAUUGUACAAAUAUAUUUAUGGCUUAAAACAAAACA